ACUGGGGUGGCUCGGGUCCCACCGUGCUCGCCCGAGUCACCGAUCCUCCACCCGCACACCCCUCCUUCCGCGGAAUAAAGGCAUCAUCUCCCCACCCCACCCCACCAGGGCCUGGGAAUGCGGUGCAGUUAGGUGGCGGGCCAGUAGGAGGCGGCUAGGCAGUCCUGGGGGCCCAGCGCGCCCUUGUCCCUAGGCUUCCCGGAACGUGCCGCGGAGAGCGAGCUGGUGAUUUCCCAAUGCUUUAACUUUGGCAGCUGCAAUCUCAUGAGCGUUUUCUACAUACCGACCCAGCAAAUUCUUUUCCAGAAGCACGGGGCCUCUGAAGGUCGGCUUUCCCAGCCUUGAAUGCUUAGCCGGAAGUAAGAACUGAAAGCUUCACACAGCGAUUGAAUAGCUAGUCCACCCUCCAUCGUGGCCCUUGAAAGCUUCUCGGACUGUUUAGUGAUGGUUCCCUGGCUGGUGACUCAAUAGACAAAGAAGAAAUGGAGGGAGAAGAGAAUUCCUAAGUGGGCAUUUGGUUUCCUGCCUCGUGACCAAGGUCCAGCAUCGUGUAGGUGGCUCUGGUAGGUCUGCUUCACAGCUCUUCAGAGCUGAGCCCAGAGGGAGGAGUGACUGUGCAAAGCCCCUCAAAGGCAGCCUGAGCAGUGGGAAAGUGCAGCUUCAGGGAACAGAGCCGAGCCCAGAUCCCACCGUCCUCAUCCGGGGAGCCCCAGUUGGCUGUGAGGCACCGAGACAUUUGGAAGAUGCUCAUGGUGGCAAUGUGCUUGGCCCUCCUGGGCUGUCUGCAGGCCCAGGAGUCCAAGGGACAUGUUUCCAUCAUCCUGCUGGGAGCCACCGGGGACCUAGCUAAGAAGUACCUGUGGCAGGGACUGUUUCAGCUGUACCUGGAUGAGGCUGGGAAGGGCCACAGCUUUAGCUUCCACGGUGCUGCCCUGACAGCCCCCCAGCAGGGCCAGAAGCUCAUGGACAAGGCCCUGGAGUCCCUCGCCUGCUCCAAGGACGUGACACCCAGCCACUGUGACGAACUCAAGGGCCAGUUUCUGCAGCUGAGUCAGUACCGUCAGCUGAAGACAGCCGAGGACUAUGAGACCCUGAACAGGGACAUCGAGACCCAGGUCCAGCGGGACGGGCUCUGGGAAGCUGGCAGGAUCUUCUACUUUUCUGUGCCGCCUUUUGCCUAUGCAGACAUUGCCCGCAACAUCAACAGCAGCUGCAGGCCGCGCCCAGGUGCCUGGCUACGCGUUGUUCUCGAAAAGCCCUUUGGCCACGAUCACCUCUCAGCCCAGCAGCUGGCUUCGGAACUUGGGAGCUUUUUCCAGGAAGAGGAGAUGUACCGGGUAGACCAUUACCUGGGCAAGCAGGCCGUGGCUCAGAUCCUGCCCUUCCGAGAUCAGAACCGCAAAGUCUUGGAUGGCCUCUGGAACAGGCACCACGUGGAGCGGGUGGAGAUUAUCAUGAAGGAGACCGUGGAUGCGGAAGGCCGAGCCAGUUUCUAUGAGGAGUACGGCGUCAUCCGCGACACGCUGCAGAACCAUCUGACUGAGAUCCUCACGCUGGUGGCCAUGGAGCUGCCCCACAACAUCAGCAGCUCGGCUGCCGUCCUGCAGCACAAGCUCCAGGCUUUCCAGGCCCUGAGGGGGCUGCAGAAGAGCAGCGCCAUCCUGGGCCAGUACCAGGCCUAUAGUGGGCAGGUGCGUCAGGAGCUGCAGAAGCCGGACAGUUUCCAGAGCCUGACGCCGACCUUCGCAGGUGUCCUCGUCCACAUCGACAACCUGCGCUGGGAGGGCGUUCCUUUCAUCCUGGUGUCUGGCAAGGCCUUGGACGAAAGAGUGGGCUACGUGCGGAUCUUGUUUAAGAACCGGGCGUACUGCGCCCAGAGCGAGAGGCACUGGGCGUCAGAGCAGAGCCGGUGUCUGCCCCAGCAGAUCGUCUUCUACAUCGGGCACGGCGAGCUGGGCCACCCCACCGUCCUGGUCAGCCAGAACCUCUUCAAGCCCUACCUGCCCACCCAGAGCUGGGAGGAGGUGCCGGACCAGCCCGGCCUCCGCCUCUUUGGCCGUCCUCUGUCUGACUACUAUGCCUACAGACCAGUGCGGGAGCAAGACGCCUACUCCACCCUCUUGUCACACAUCUUCCACUGCCGGAAGGAGUCCUUUAUCACCACCGAGAACCUGCUGGCCUCCUGGGUCUUCUGGACCCCCUUACUGGACAGCCUGGCCCUCGAAGUCCCACGGCUCUACCCGGGCGGAGCGGAGAACGGCCAUCUGCUGGAUUUUGAGUUCAGCGGUGGCCAGCUGUCCUUCUCCCAGCCAGAGGUGCUGAUGCCAGAGCUAGGGUCAGUCCCCAAACCCAGUGACUUCCAGGUCCUCAGGGCCCAGUACAGGGAGAGCCCACUGAUCACCGCCUGGCCAGAGGAGCUCAUCUCUAAGCUAGCCAGUGACAUUGAAGCCACCGCGGAACAGUCCGUCCGACGCUUUGGCACGUUCCACCUGGCGCUGUCAGGCGGGUCAAGCCCCAUAGCCCUCUUCCAGCAGCUGGCCACAGGGCACUACAGCUUCCCCUGGGCCCACACGCACCUGUGGCUGGUGGAUGAGCGCUGCGUCCCUCUCUCAGACCCGGAGUCCAACUUCCAGGGCCUGCAGGCUCACCUGCUGCAGCACGUCAGGGUGCCCUACUACAACAUUCACCCCAUGCCCGUGCACCUGCACCAGCGGCUUUGUGCCGAGGAGGACCAGGGCGCCCAGACCUAUGCCAGCGACAUCUCAGCCCUGGUGGCCAACAGCAGCUUCGACCUGGUGCUGCUGGGCAUGGGCACCGACGGGCACACGGCCUCCCUGUUCCCACAGUCGCCCACCGGCCUGGACGGCGACCAGCUGGUGGUGCUGACGGAGAGCCCGCUCAGGCCGCACCAGCGCAUGAGCCUCAGCCUGCCCCUCAUCAACCGCGCCAAGAAGGUAGCCGUCCUGGUCAUGGGGAGGACGAAGCGUGAGAUCACCAUGCUGGUUAGCCGUGUGGGUCACGAGCCUAAGAAGUGGCCCAUCUCCGGCGUGCUGCCCCUCUCCGGUCAGCUGGUUUGGUACAUGGAUUACGAGGCCUUUCUGGGAUGACAGGAGCUCACUGGCCUUAGUCGUCGCCCUCAAGCCUUUCUCUCACUCGCCCAGUGUGCCUUGCUGUCCGGAGCCUGGUGCCAGAGUCGGGCCCCAGAGAAGGGAGGACAGCACUCUGCCCCACUUCCUGGGCCCUGUGUAACCGUGGUGCCUCGACACAAAACCAGGCAGAACUCAGAUCUCUGCCGUGGUGAUGCCUCAAAAACCCAGACGGGAAAGAAGCUCUAACCCUCUGCCAGCUGCUUGCCAGUGUCUACAGCGCACAGUAUGACAGGGAGAAGGCUGCAAGUUGAAGAGCCAGCGUGGUGUGCGGAGACUGGCCGGCCAUCCUUGGACUGGUUUCUGUAGGAAGGGGGGCCAGGGUUGCUGGAGAAAAGGGUGCAGAUCCCCCGGGUGGAUGCAGUGCUCCGAGCCAGGCAAGAAGAGUAGAAAUGGUCCUGAGGUUCACCGGGCAGCCUGCCUCUUCUGGAAUGCCUUCAUCCCUCUGUGUAUCCGGCUGGUGUCUGGUCCUCCUUCAGGCAGCUGCUACCUGCUCUGUGCCCAACAGCCACUGUCCCCUUCAUUCCCCUGUAUACCGAGGAGGGACAGAAACAGACACUGCCACGUCGAAAGGCCCCCCCAUCCAAUCUAGACACCUGGGCUCCCCUCUCCCCGCUGAGAACUGUUCUGCUAUCGCUGGGCCAUGGGGUGUCUCUGAUCUAUAUAUAGAUAGGGCUCUUUGUCUGCUCCCGGGGAUGGGGUGACUACAGCUCACAGCCUCUCUCUAGGGUGUGUGUGGCCAAUUCCCAGCACUAGGGGGCAGGCUGGAGCUAGCUCUCAUCACACUACCUCUCUAGGGCUCCAAGCCUGGCGGCUGGUUCUCUCUUGCCUAACCCACCGCUAACCUGGUACCACUGGGAACAGAAUAGACAGCUCCUAACUCAGCGUCCUCCGGGGCCUCUGAAUUUUUACUUUUGGUUUUUCGAGACAGGGUUUCUCUGUGUUGUUUUGGAGCCUGUCCUGGAACCCGCUCUGUAGACCAGGCUGGUCUCGAACUCACAGAGAUCCGCCUGCCUCUGCCUCCCGAGUGCUGGGAUUAAAGGUGUGAGCCACCAACGCCCGGCUCAGUUUUUAUUUUUAAAAAGAAACCCAGCAGCAUAAAGCAAGCUUCACGGGGCACAUGCAGUUUUUGUCUCGGCCUUCUGUUUAGUCACCAGAACAAGGUAGGGCACAGAAGGGUCCCGGCCUCACAGCCACACUCUGUGUCAGUCGCACAGAGUCUCAGUGUCUUCCAGAAUUUUCCCAGAGAGGAGCAUCAGGAAAUUUGUUUCUGUCCUUUAGGUUGGUUGUACUUUCUCCCAGGCCGUGCGUGGAAAAGAACCUGUGCUUUCGCUAGAGAUGUGUGCACAGUGUGGCCUGAGCCGGGGCUCUGGGUGAAAGGCAUUCCUGUUAAAAUUCUGCCUACUCUGGCCUCCAGUGACCCAGACUGACAGAACUCCUCCUCCAUUGCAAAAGCGCCCACCGAAAGGACCCAUAAUGCCCUGGGAUCCUUUUCUGGCUGGCAUAGUGCAGGUGAGCUUCCACCUUUGGCCACGUGGGGGAGCCCACGCGCCACCACUCACAUUCCACCCAGGAGGCAAGCUUAGUGCCAAACGUCAUUUCUUUGUUUUAUGGUCUGCUGCUCUGGUUUCUUUGCCCCAGCGCAUUCUCAUCUGUUGUUUAAGGACUUGGCCCUCUGAGGUUUCAAAAUCAGAGAUUAAAGGGCCUUGAGUGCCUCGGGAGAGAGAGUGAACAGGCUUUGUGUCACCAUUCUGAAUAACAGUGAGUCACUGCCCAGCCUGAGCCUAGAAUGUCCUGUUCUUACCCAGAAGAAUGACUGAUCUAUGUGUGGGGAGUUGCACCGAGGAGGCCAGGGUGGGGAAAUACCGAAAGUUUCCUUUCCGGGAGCAGGCACUAAUAAAAUCGCAUUGGGAGGGCUGGCGGGAGACAUGGUUCUCUGGCGUGCACCUGUGCGUACCCUUUUCCCUUCUGCCCCGGGGUCAGGAAGGAGUGAUGCUCAGCGUCAGGACCCCCGAGGCUGCGGGCUGCUCUUCAGACCUUGUGGACCUGUCAUCCAUGGCAGACAAUGUGCCUUAUACCACCUGUGUCCCCAGUCUCGGGAAGGCGUCCUCAACCUCAGAACCCGGGACUCCCUCAAUUCUCCGUUUUUUCAUUAAAAAAAAAAAAAGAUUGUUGCCUGCAA